GACGUCACGGGAGGUUUCAUGCGCGUACGCAGUGGCUGCGGGAGCGAGCUUAGGUCGGCAGCGGAGAACAGAGGAGGUGCAGGCUGAUCUCCGGACCUCGCCAUGGUGAACGCCGCCCUCAUUGACAGCAGCAGCGCCAGCUGUAGCAGCAGUACGGAUUCCAAGGAAAGCUCCCGAUGUUCCACCCCCGUCCUCGACCUCGAACGCCAUGAGCGUCUCCGGGACAAAAUGCGCAGACGCAUCGACUCCGGAGACAAGUGGUUCUCGUUGGAGUUCUUCCCUCCGCGCACAGCCAGUGGUGCCGUCAACCUCCUCUCCAGGUUUGAUCGAAUGGGCUCCGGAGGGCCCCUCUUUAUCGAUGUGACCUGGCACCCCGCGGGGGACCCCGGCUCGGAUAAAGAGACCUCCUCCAUGAUCAUCGCAAGCACGGCUGUCAAUUUCUGCGGCCUGGAGACGGUUCUGCACAUGACGUGUUGUCAGCAAAGCAAGGAGGAGAUCACGAGGCACCUACAGAAAGCCAAGCACCAGGGACUGAAGAAUAUCAUGGCUCUUCGAGGGGAUCCCCUGGGAGAGGAAUGGGAGGAAGAGGCGGAAGGAUUCAAUUAUGCCGUUGACCUGGUGAAACACAUCCGGCAGGAGUUCAAAGGGCAAUUGUGUCUUUUUCUAGGUUAUCCCAAAGGCCACCCCGAGGCCGAGAGCUACGAGCAAGAUCUGAAGCACCUGAAGGAGAAGGUGGACGCCGGGGCCGACUUCAUUAUCACACAGCUUUUCUUCCGGGCCGAGACCUUCUUACAGUUCCUGAAGGACUGCAGAGCCAUAGGGAUCACCUGCCCCAUCCUGCCUGGUAUCUUCCCCAUCCAGGGUUAUUGCUCCUUGCGGCAGUUGGUGAAACUCUCCAAGCUCGAGGUUCCCAAGGAAAUCACGGAUGUGAUUGAACCCAUUAAGGACAAUGAUGCUGCCAUCAGGAAUUACGGUAUUGACCUGGCGGUGUCUAUGUGCAGGGAGCUGCUGGACAGCGGUGAGGUGCACGGGCUGCACUUCUACACCCUGAACCGGGAGGUGGCCACCGUGGACAUGCUGAGGCGUCUGGGGAUGUGGCAGGAGGACCCCAGGCGGCCUUUCCCGUGGGCUGUCAGCGCACAUCCUAAGAGGAGGGUGGAGGACGUCCGUCCUAUCUUCUGGGCCUCCAGACCGAAGAGCUACAUUCACAGGACACGGGAGUGGGACGACUUCCCGAACGGGCGCUGGGGGAACUCAUCCUCUCCGGCCUUUGGAGAAUUGAAGGAUUAUUACCUCUUCUACCUGACGAGCAAGUCGCCACGAGAUCAGUUGCUGAAAAUGUGGGGAGAGGAGCUGUGCAGCGAGGAGAGCGUGUACGAGGUCUUCACCAGCUACCUGUCUGGGAAUCCCAACAAGAAUGGACACAAAGUUACUUGCCUGCCUUGGAACGAUGAUCCUCUGGCCCCAGAAACCAAUUUAGUGAAGGAACAGCUGGAGAAGGUCAACAAAAGAGGAAUCCUGACCAUUAACUCGCAGCCUAACGUGAACGGAAAGCCCUCCACGGAUCCAGUUGUCGGCUGGGGCCCCAGCAAGGGCUACGUUUUCCAGAAGGCCUACCUGGAGUUCUUUACAUCCAGUGAGAUGGUGACGGCUCUUACCAAAGUCCUGAAGAGAUACGAACCUCGUGUCAACUACCAUAUCGUCAAUGUACACGGUAAGAACAUCACCAACGCCCCCGACCUCCAAGCAAAUGCUGUCACGUGGGGCAUCUUUCCCGGCCGCGAAAUUAUCCAGCCAACAGUGGUCGACCCCGACAGCUUCAUGUACUGGAAGGAUGAAGCCUUUGCUCUGUGGAUCGAGCAGUGGGCGAAGCUCUACGAGGAGGAAUCGCCGUCUCGGAUGAUCAUCCAGUACAUCCACGAUAACUACUUCCUGGUCAACCUGGUGGACAACGACUUCCCUCUUGAGAACUGCUUGUGGCAGGUGAUAGAGGACACGUUUCAAGAACAUGACCACCCAACAGAGCAGUGACGCUGAGGAUCCCGCAGCUGCCACCACUACCUCAUGGUAUACUGAGUAGGCCU